UUGUUGUUGAAAAACUUGUGAUCUGUGAAAUAACAUACAAAAUCUAAAUAAAAUCAAUCAAAAUGACUUCAGAAUCGAAAGAAACUUGGUAUCUAGAUAUUGUUGAGAAAUUGGACGACUUCUGCAAACGUGUAGACGAAAAGAUUGAAAAAGAACAGCAACAAAUGAAAGCAUGUAAAAAGAAGACUGAAUUGGAAACCAAAUUAGCUCAGGAAAUGAAAUUACACAAUGAGCUGACGGAGCGCCUUGCAGAGCUGGUGCGACGUGGCAGUGAGCUGGACCGUGUCUGUGCUACCUUCGAAUCACACCUCACCAUUGCAGACAGCGACAGAAAUAGAUUGGAUAAUGCCAAAGAAACAUACCAGCUGGCUAAGGAGCUUACAGGCAUCAGAUGGGACUUCAGUGCUCCUCCUAACGUGGCCAAAGGAUAUAUAAAGAGUGAAUCCCGCAAGUUGCUUCAGCCUAUAGAACUGGACAUGUCCAACGGGGCCGAUAGCGGAGCCCUAUGGGCGCUUCUGCAGACCACAGCAGCCCCAGGCUGGCCUUUCCAGGGAGACAAAGAAAAUCGACCUUGUAAUGAAGUUAAAUAA